GGGCACCGGGAGCACCACGGGGGACAGCCCGGGGCGGGGCUGCGGCUGCUGCUGCUGCUCGGGGGGCUCGCCACGCUGGCCGCAGCCCAGGUGACCUCGGAGGACCAGGAAGUGCCGGAGCACAAACCCGUGGAGCUGCGCUGCGCCGCGUUCCGCUCCAGCUCGGGCAGCGCCCGCAUCGAGUGGAAAUUCCAGAGGGGCUCAUCCCUGACCCUGAUCUACUACGGGGGGGAGCUCACAGAGCCGUACCGGGACCGUGUCCAGUUCUCGCCCACGUCCAUCCGCUUCGGCUCGGUGACGCGGGAGGACAGCGGCAAGUACAUCUGCGAGGUGGUGGCAGAUGGCAGCCACAUCGCCAAGUCCGAGGUCAACCUCAUCGUGCAGGUGCCCCCGGGGAAGCCGCUGGCACACGUGCCCAGCUCUGCCACGGUGGGUGCCCGCGCUGUCCUGCGCUGCUCCGAGGCCCAGGGCUCGCCCCCUCCCACCUUCCGCUGGUACAAGGAUGGCACCGAGCUGCCCCAGGACCCCAAAUCCAGCCCCGCCUUCCGCAACUCCUCCUACAGCCUGGACCCGCGCACGGGGGAGCUGGUGUUUGAGCCCGUGGGGGGCUGGGACACGGGCGAUUAUCACUGCGAGGCCUCCAACAACGUGGGCAGCCCCCAGAAAUCCGACGUCUUCCGCAUGGAGGCCAGCGAGGUGAACGUGGGCGGCAUCGUGGCCGCCGUGGUGCUGCUGCUCCUGUUCCUGGGGCUCGCCGCCUUCGGCGUCUGGUUCGCCCACAGGCGCGGCUACUUCAGCAGGAAGAAGGUGAUUUACAGCCAGCCCUCGCGGCGCAGCGAGAGCGAGUUCAAGCAAACCUCCUCGUUCCUGGUGUGACGUCGUCCCCGCCGCCCCCGGACGCUUUUUCCCAAUUCCCGGAAUUCUGCAGGAUUUUAGGAGAUCCACGGGAUUUUGGGAAUUCUGUGGGGUUUUCAGAAUUCUGUGGGGUUUUAGGAGAUCCACGGGAUUUUGGGAAUUCUGUGGGGUUUUGGGAAUUCCAGCGGGAUUUUCAGAAUUCCGUGGGGUUUUAGGAGAUCCAUGGGAUUUUGGCAAUUCCCGCGGGAUUUUCAGAAUUCUGCAGGAUUUGGGAAAUUUCCUGUGGGAUUUUUGGGAAUUCCCAUAGAAUUUUUGGGAAUUCCUGCAGGAUUUUCAGAAUUCCGUGGGGUUUUAGGAGAUCCAUGGGAUUUUGGGAGUUCCCAUGGGAUUUUCGGAAUUCUGCAGGAUUUGGGGAACUUCCAUACGAUUUUUGGGAAUUCCCACAGGAUUUUUUGGGAAUUCCUGUGGGAUUUUCGGGAAUUCCUGCGGGAUUUUAGGAGUUCCAUGGGAUUUUUUGGGAAUUCCCGCAGGAUUUUUUGGGAAUUCCUGUGGGAUUUUUGGGAAUUCCCGCGGGAUUUUCGCCGCGGUUUUUUUAAAGCCUCUCCGGUGCCUUCGCCGCUGCUGCCUCUGGAACUUGGGGGUCCCCGUGUCCCCUCUUUGUCCCCUCUUUGUGUCCCCUUUGUCCCCUCCCCUCGUUCCCCCUUUUUGUCCCCCCACCCCAUUGUCCCUCCCUGUCCCCUCUCUGUCCCCGGGGGGCACUGGGGGGGGGACAGGGCUGGUGCCACCACCUGGGGACAGCGCCAGUGUCCCCCUGGUCCCAGUGUC